ACCAAGUAGCCUGGCUAAAAUUUUGAGACUUGGUUACCCAGUGUCGAGAAUGACUCCUCUCUUCCUUGAAAAAUCAGAUCGAGAAAAGGGCAAAAAAUGAUGUCAAACGCUUCUUCCUUUCUAGGCAUAUCAACAAAGACCAUUCGUGCACCAAUCCAUUAUCCUAUACUUGAAAAACUUCUCUCUGUCUUCUCUAAUGGCUUCCACUACCAAAGAAACCGCCUCAGAGUUCCUUCCUCUUAUCACAGUCUUCAAAGAUCGCAGAGUCAUGGGCUCACCAUAUGUGACCCCAUCUCUUCAAACCCCAGAAACAAAUUUCUUCUCCAAACUCAUCACCAAUGCAGUCGCAGUGAGACUAUCGAUUCCGUUCCCAAGGAGAUAGACACAGAGCUUCUCCCAUUUCUCAGAAUCUACAAAGACGGCUCUGUUGAACGACUCAUGGGCUCCCCAUAUGUACCCCCAACACUUGAUGACCCAGAUUCAGGAGUGUCAUCAAAUGACAUCACAAUUUCACAAAAUCCUUUGAUUUCUGCCAGACUCUUCCUCCCAAAACUCAAUGAGCCUCACAAGAAAAUACCCAUUUUGGUUUACUACCAUGGUGGGGCUUUCUGCGUCGAAUCUGCCUUCUCUUUUGAUCACCACAGGUUUCUCAACAGCUUGGUGUCCCAAGCCAAAGUUGUUGCUGUGUCAGUCGAGUACAGAAUGGCUCCUGAGCACUCUCUCCCCAUUGCAUAUGACGAUAGCUGGGCUGCACUGAAUUGGGUUGCCUUGCAUUUUGCUGAUAAUGGCAUCAAUGAAGAGCCCUGGUUGAUCAGUCACGGCGACCCGAAUCGGUUAUUUCUGGGUGGUGAUAGUGCAGGAGCCAACAUUGCUCAUAAUGUGGCAAUGAGAGUUGGGAAAGAAGGAUUGCCUAAUGGUAUAAACUUGUUGGGUGUCUUUCUUACACACCCUUUUUUUUGGGGCUCCAAGCCAAUUGAGGGAGACCCUUGUGAAGAGCCUGAGAAGGAUUUGGCUUGUUUGGUUUGGGACAUGGCGUACCCUUCAGCCCCUGGUGGGAUUGAUAAUCCAAUGAUCAAUCCUGUUGCUCCAGAAGCACCAAGCUUGGCUGGACUUGGGUGUUCAAGGGUGCUUGUUAGUGUUUCUGAGAACGAUGAGCUGAGGCAUAGAGGUGUGGGUUACUAUGAGGCAGUGAAAAGAAGUGGGUUUGAAGGUGAAGCAGAGUUGGUUGAAGUGGAAGGAGAGGAUCAUGCAUUUCAUAUUUUGAAAUUUGAGACUCGGAAUGCUAAGGAAUUGACAAAAAAGUUGGCUGAUUUCCUCCUCAAGUGAAAUGCAUCUUCUCUGUUCUCGUCGAGUUUUAUGGCUGCUGAGAACUCAACUUGUGAUUGGUUAAUUUGCAGUGGGUUUCAUCCCUUGCAGGGGUUUAUCCAAAACCCAAUCCUUUGCAUGUGGUUGUAUACUUGUAAUGUACUACUAUGAGUCUAUGAUAUUGAAUUAUUGAAACUAAAACUUUAUUGAA